AUGGUGUCUAAAAUGAUGGACGACGGAGAGGAAAAGAAGAGCAAGACGACGACAACGACGAAGAAGAGCGUGUUAGAGAGACUAGAGCCGAAGACGAAAACCAUACGAAAAGAAUCUCGCAAUAAUUCGCCAACUACUUUUUAUAACAAUAACAACAACAAUUAUAAUAAUUAUAAUAACAACAGAGGAGGAAGAGGACGAGGGUUCUUUGACAGAGGGUUCAACAGCAGAGGUGGUAGUGGCGGAGGUUAUCGCGAUGGUGGGAGAGCCAGGUUGAAAUCAUCUUUGUGCAACCAAUUCCCGGCAAAGAAAGAUGCUGCGACAGGUGAAGUAAUUGUACGGUGCUACGGCUGUGUCAUCAUCCGCGUAACGACAACCGGCGAAACGAGCCUUUACCGAGAAAAUGUCGAGUCUAAGAAUUACGCCAAAGCUCUGAAUGUUAUGAAUGAACACCUGAAGAAAAUCGGUUUCUCUGUGACAUCGUCCAACGAAAAUAAUACGGCGAACGCAGAAGGCAUGGAUAGUCACAUAGCCGAUCAAGAAGGAGGAGGAGGAGCUCCUAGAUGGAACGUGUCUGGCAUGAAGAAAUUCAUGCUUUUCGUCGAAGGCAUGACUUUACCACCGCCUCCGUCACCAGGCCCUGGGAGAGGUUUAGCACUGCUCUUGCCCACGAAAGUGUGA